UUAUAUGGUAUAUAUGUGAAUUUUCAAACAUAUCUUUUGAGCAAAAAUGGAAAUUUCUGGAGCAGGUGGUUUGUUCUCAACUUAUUCAAUUUGUAGUAAUGCUGCUGGAAUUGCUGGAAACCUAUGUGCAUUUGUUUUAUUUGUAUCACCAAUACCAACAUUCAGAAGGAUCAUCAGAAACAAGUCAACAGAACAAUUUUCUGGGCUGCCUUAUAUAUAUGCCUUGUUGAAUUGCUUAAUAUGUCUAUGGUAUGGAACACCAAUUGUAUCUCCUGGUAUUAUAUUGGUUUUUACGGUUAAUUCCAUCGGAGCAGUUUUUCAGUUGGCUUAUAUACUCAUAUUCAUCGUAUAUGCAGAGAGAACGAAAAAGUUGAAGAUGUUGGGGCUGUUGUUUGGUGUUUUUGCUGCAUUUGCUGCUGUGGUUUCUAUCAGCAUCUGUCUAUUUCAACCUCCAAAUCGACAAACUUUCGUUGGAUAUUUGUCUGUCAUCUCUCUCAUCUCCAUGUUUGCUUCUCCAUUGUUCAUUAUUAAUUUGGUGAUCAGAACAAGAAGUGUUGAGUACAUGCCAUUCUAUCUCUCCCUUGCAACUUUUCUAAUGAGCCUUUCUUUCUUUGCUUAUGGAAUGUUUAAGCAAGAUCCAUUUAUCUAUGUAAGUAACUGGAUUUCCUUUGUUGUUUCCCUUUUUAAUAGAAGUACCCGAAAGAUACGGAAGGGAGAGUCUUGGAGUAACAGUAAAGUUGUUUUCGUGGGAUCUUAUAUGUCACGGGUUGCUUACAUCUAGGUAGAUAAUCUGCAUUACACCCUUGUGUAUAGAAUUUAAUAUUUUGAUCUCUAUGAAUUAGGUUCCAAAUGGGAUAGGAGGAGUUCUUGGGAUCAUACAACUAAUCUUGUACUGGAGAUACAGCAGACCUAAUGAGGAGCCAACAAGACCUCUCUUGGAGUCCAAUGCAUGAAAAGAUUUAGGCCGAGCGGAAAAUACCGACUCGUAUUCAGUGUUUACACCAAACUAAAUAUUGUUUAUAUACAAGACAUAUGUCUUGUAUCAUAGAUUUGGUAUAAACACCAGGUUUGGCUUAUCCUUUUCACAUCGAAAAGCCGUCCAAAAAUUGUUUUUUCUGUUGUCA